GACUUUAUCACGAAGAGGACUAAACUAGCUCUUGAGAUACCGUUAUGGCUGUGAAAUAGCGUCGCUCUUCGCCGCAGUGGCUCAGUUGGUGGGAGAUGCCUCCAAUGGAACACGCCAUGCCCAUUUGGACCUUUAUCGCGGUGUUAGCACUCAGCCAAACAUGCUUCGCUCGUUACACAAAAUUCCCUGAAGGGUUUACUUUCGGUGUGGCGACAGCAGCCCACCAAAUCGAGGGCGCUUGGAAUGUCAGCGGAAAGUCCGAAAAUGUAUGGGACCGCUUGUCUCACAGCCGGCCCGAAAUGAUAGCCGACGGAACUAACGGAGACAUUGCUUGCGACUCUUACAACAGAUACCUUGAGGAUGUUGCCGAAUUGGCAUAUUUGGGUGUGGACUUCUAUCGAUUUUCACUGUCGUGGGCCCGAAUCUUACCAAGUGGACGCGUUGAUCUUAUAAAUCCAGAUGGAAUCCGCUAUUACAAUGCUCUCCUUGAUGCUCUCGAAGAGAAGAAUAUAGAGCCAUUGGUUACGCUUUUCCACUGGGACCUACCACAAUCCCUUCAAGAUUUAGGAGGUUGGGCAAAUCCAAAAAUGAUCGACUAUUUCCGCGACUAUGCUGAUGUAUGUUUCCGUGAAUUUGGAAACAGGAUCAAGUCUUGGAUAACUUUCAACGAGCCUUAUGAAAUUUGCGAAGAUGCUUACGGCGACGAAAAGAAGGCACCAGCUAUAAAUAGUCAUGGUGUCGGAAACUACCUGUGUAGCGACACCCUCUUGAAAGCACACGCUGAGGCCUAUCAUUUGUACAAUGAAACCUACCGACCAAUGCAGAACGGCAAAAUAAUGAUCUCCAUCAACUCGAUCUGGUAUGAACCUCAGGAUCCAGAAAAUGCAGAACAAGUUGCUUUGGCUGAGGUAGCUAAUCAAUUUAAGUUCGGAUGGUUUGCCAAUCCUAUCUUCACCGCAGAUGGCGGAUACCCAACGGUCAUGGUCGAAAACGUGGCCAGACAAAGCCAAGCGGAGGGCUUACCGAAACCGCGACUUGAACAAUUCGACAGCUACUGGAUCCAAAGAAUCAAAGGCACUUCGGAUUUCCUCGGAAUUAAUCACUACACGACCCACCUUAUCACUGGAGCUGGUGUCGAUUACUCAGCCCAGUCGCCUUCUUGGUUGAAGGACAUUGGAGCCAUCACUUCAAUGGAAGUUGGUGGAGAUUCCGCCUCAGAGUGGCUCAGAGUUGUCCCUACUGGUUUCGGUAACUUCUUGCGCUGGUGUAAGAGCACAUACAACAAUCCAGCUAUCUACAUAACCGAAAAUGGAUUCUCUGACUUCGGAACAUUGCAAGAUUAUGGGCGCAUUCAGUAUUUCAAUGACUAUCUUACCGAAAUCUUAAACGUCAUAUACGAUGAUGGUGUAAAUGUUCUUGGCUACACAGCGUGGACCUUGAUGGACAACUUCGAAUGGAGAGCUGGAUUUUCCGAACGCUUCGGUUUCUACUACGUAGACAUCACUGAACCUGACCGGCCGAGGACUCCGAAACUAUCCGUGGAGUAUUUCCGCCAAUUGACAGCUAACAGAGAGCUACCUCAGGACGACCGGUUCAAAGACCCCUCCAAGACAAGAAUCGAACUCUAAAUUACUAGGAGAUAUAACACGAAAUAAAAUAAUACGUUGUAUGUAUUAAAACAAAUAUUUAUUUACUUCGUAUAAGAAUAUCGAAUUAUUUACAAUGAAAUUAUUGUAAUAUUACCUUUGACACUUCAUUGUUAUUACAUUGAAACACGUAAUGUUACAUACACUACAGAGAAAACUUGCAUCUGUUAUCAGACUGAAAGAUAUGUUUGUAAAUAAGACUAUACUUAGAAAUAAACGAUAUAUUUUACAUUUAAAAUAUUGUUCUGAGUAUUAUUCUGUCGUCAUCACCGACCAGACUACCAGCAGUGGCCGGGACUGGCAAACUGUAAGCAAUAUGGAAUGUUUCUGAAUGUGUUAUAAGAGCAACCGGUGAUUUAAAAAACUUACGUUUAGGUACCCCGCCUACCACACACGCGUUAAAUUCUUCGCAGCCGCGCAACUAAACGUAUUCAUCUUUCAAUGCUUCAUUCCGCUCCGAGAAGCCGCAAACUAUAAUAUUAGGAAGCUAUCAUACAGCAUGGAACGAAUUACACUUUAAAGAAUAAUAAACCGAACAAUAUGUGAAGUAUCGCAACUUAUGGGAUAUUAAACUAUUACACGAAUACAAAAGUACAACAAACGGAUCUACGGAAUACAAAAUUAAAUGUAUCAAAAACCCAGCACCGUUACCUCUAAUUACAAUAGUUACACAGAUGCUUAUAACUAUUAAAUUAAACUGAAGAUUACAUUUAGUCUUACAAGAAUAAUAGUAUUUUACUAAUAUGGCAAAGUUUUCAAUGUAGCAUUUAAUACAUAAUUAAAGGCAUAAUUUCAUUAACAUAAAUCAAUCAAGCUAUUUGAAUUCAUCACACGCAUAAAAGUAAUAAAACAUCUAAAGACUAGGUGGGCUAAAACACAAUUUUGAGAAAAUUUUAGGUAAGAUAAGUCAAUCAAUGGCAUAAUACUUAGAAAAGAAAAAAGUAAAGAAACACUUGUAAAUAGUAUCAGUCGGCCCCGGUCGGUAAGCCAUGAUAAAAGAAAAUACAUUGCCGAUGAAUUCCACAAAUGUUAUUCGACUGGUGCUUAUCAUAUACGAGUAAAUAUACGUCAAAUAUAUCAAUUCGUUCAUAUUGCACGUACUGCCACAUUUACUAGCUUCAUAAAUGACAAAUGCACCACAUGAAGUGAUUGUAAAAUUAACUGAACUUAUUUCAGAAGCACUAUAAUCACAUUUUCUACUAAAAUCGCAUUCUUCUUGAGGCAACUAGUCGGGUUCCCGGUACACUUUCAUUGUAAGCUACUAUUCAGCAACGUUAACCUUACAUAUCGCUCACAUGUCUAACACUAUAGCACUAUAAAUGUAAAUAUAUAAUAGUUGCCAACGCAAUUAUAA